UACUCCUUCGCUCUUGUUCUCAUCAGAGGAGUGACGCUCAGAUCGACCCCCGCCUGUCUUACUCCCUUCUCCCUUGGGAAUCGCUUAAUUUCUUGCUACCCAGACACCUCCACCGAUGGCCGAUCAGCUCACCGACGACCAGAUCUCCGAGUUCAAGGAGGCCUUCAGCCUCUUCGACAAGGACGGAGAUGGUUGUAUCACAACCAAGGAACUUGGCACUGUGAUGCGAUCGCUUGGCCAGAACCCGACAGAGGCGGAACUUCAAGAUAUGAUAAAUGAGGUUGAUGCUGAUGGAAAUGGUACCAUUGAUUUCCCAGAGUUUCUCAACCUGAUGGCCCGAAAGAUGAAAGAUACUGAUUCUGAGGAGGAGCUCAAGGAAGCUUUCCGUGUUUUUGACAAGGAUCAGAAUGGUUUUAUUUCUGCGGCUGAGCUCCGCCACGUCAUGACAAAUCUUGGCGAGAAGUUGACAGAUGAAGAAGUUGAUGAGAUGAUUCGUGAAGCUGAUGUUGAUGGUGAUGGGCAGAUCAACUAUGAGGAAUUCGUCAAAGUCAUGAUGGCCAAAAUGAGAAGGAAAAGGAUGGAACAGAAUCAUGGCAAAAGCGGGGGAAAAGAGAAUCGCCAAUACAAGAAACGUCGUACCAGAGAUCGAGUUCGAGAAUGUUCCAUCCUCUGAAUGA